GGAGAAACUGCGCCGAGUGCUGUUAUCUUCGUGCAUGCUGUGUUUUCCCCGCUUAGUUUGCGUUGAAGCGAGAGGCAGCACUUAGGUCAUUUCGUUCACAGCUGCUGCUGCGCUUCCUUACUCAAGCGUUUUGACAGCGAGCCGCGACCAUCGGACUUCCUGCAAACGUUGCUGUAGAAACCACCACCGGGUUUAGACAUGUCCACGUUGACUCCCAUUGAGAAGCUUCGCCACCAGUGCCUCCAGCGAGGCGCACAUGGUAUCAAGGCGUUUGCACGGCAGUUCCGUGCCAUGGACCACACCGGGGACAAGAAGCUUGACAAGCAAGAGUUCAAGAAGGGCCUGCUGGACUUCAAGGUGGACCUGAGCGACCAUGAGGUGGACACCCUGUUCAAGGAGCUCGAUAAGGAUGGCAACGACAACAUCUCUUUCAACGAGUUCCUCGUUGCGCUCAGGCCUCCAAUGUCGGCGGCACGUCUGGACUGCAUCAAAGAGACGUUCCACAAGAUGGACAAGUCCGGAGAUGGAAUCAUCACUGUGCAUGACCUCAAGGCUCAUUACAACGCUCGGCAGCCCAAGUUCCAGAGUGGGGAACUCACUGAGGACGACGCGUUUCAGCUAUUCCUGCAGAACUUCGACAGUACCAAUAACCCCGACGGCAAGGUGACAAUCGAAGAAUUCGUCGACUACUACGCGGGUGUGAGCGCCUCUGUUGACACGGAUAGCUACUUCGACCUCAUGAUGAGGAAUGCCUGGAAGUUCUGAGCAACUCAAGAAAAAGAAAACAAGGCCACCAUUGUUUGGCCAGAUGAACCUUGCAGCUUGUAGUCACAUGAUGCACUGCCAUCGCACAUGCUUUUUGUCCAGUCCGGGCUGAAAGCUUCGUCGUGCAGACAUCCUCUAACACAUAACUCGUCUUAACAAUUCUCUUCCAGCUUCAUGUGUUGCUCAUUUUAUUGACAUGCUUUUUUAUUAUUCAGGGCAUCUUAUCGUUUGCAUCCAACUUUUAAUUAUUAUUUUUUUUCAAACCUUUAUACUUCUUAUAUCUGUACUUUACUAUACAUUUGGAGGGUUGUUUGCUUGUCUUUUGCGUGACAUGGAAAAAGAAAGAACAUCCUAAUGCAUGCAGUGGGUAAACCCACAUUUAAGUUGCUGUACUGACCAAGUGGGAUUACAUGCUUGCAUCACUGAUACUUCCACACUACUAUGUUAAUGACACUAUCAGUGAAAAAGCUGGUGUUUUUGGUUUGUUUUCAUUCAUGGGAGGGGGGGUAGGGGGGGGGGGGGACUGUGACCGAUCUCCUGGUGCAUAGUAUCAUCUGACUUAAUUUUUAAAUUUUGCUGAAGUCAUACAUAAAUGCCCACAUCUAUCUGUUAAGGUGAGCUGAAGUAUUAUUAGAGUAGCUGUGCUGCUAGGCCUAUUUCCAAAGAAGCUUCUCUAGCCUUCAGUAUCGACUCAUCUUGGAAUAGGAAUAUGCCGGUAAAUUAUAGGUUUUGUGAAGUAGUUAGUUGCUUUGUAAGUUGUUCCACUUAGACAGUUGUUUACCUCCGGCAGAACAAAAAGAAUAAAGUACAGUGUAACCAAAAACUCAUCUGGUGGAAAGUACAGUGAAGAAGGUGAAGUUGUCGUUGGAUGUCUUGGACGAAUACUACCAGUCAUUCUGACAUUUGGGAUGCGUUGGAGGACUUGCAUGGCUGUUUCUAAACGUUCCUAAACCAAGUUGGAGUCAGAAUGACAGAACUACAGGGCCCAAUUGUUCAAGUUAAACAUGAUUUGAGUGUCAAAGUAGUUGUUUCAGAGCAAGUUGACAGUUAUCAUUCCUGCUGGUACUAAUAGAUUCGCAUGUUAUUUCAAAUGCUCUGAUGUGCCACAUGCAAUGCGAUACAUGAUGCACUGUGUGUUGAAAUUUAAGGCAUUGCAGAGAGCUAGGAUUUGGUAACGGCGUUGUUUUAUUACUGCGUGACAAUUUGUUUGCCGACUGGCACUCAAAUGACUAACACAUGUUGUCAUUGGCAUCACUUGUUAUCAAGCGAGUUACCCAAACCACAUUUGGCAUAUUCAUGCAAAAAAAAUCUUUACGUGUUGUUUUCUGUGACACUUUUUCAAAGUACACAAGGUGAACUGCCAAGGUGUGUUACGUGGCAAAGUGCUUGCCCCUUUUGUGGACAUAUUUAAACAUUGUCAGCAACAUUCCUAGUGUGAGAUCUGUGAAAAUUCUAUUCACUGUUUCCUGUGUACUGACAUUGUACCAAACAUUGCCUGCCAACUUUUUGCUGUCAGUUUGCCCUUUACAGAAGACUACCUAUCAUGCGUUAUACAGGAUUUAUAGAAUGUUCUAGCAGUGUUACUUUGGAAUGCACAAAGUUGUUUGUUAUCACAUCAGCAACAGGUUGUACCAUCUUUUGUUGGACCAAUUGCAAUUCUUGAUGCGUACUAGUUCGAUACAUUCUUACAAGCACUCUCCGUACCAAAGUUGCUAGUGCAAAUUUCCUUCGUUCCCCGUCAAGAUGGAACAAGCUGCUAUAAGAGUAAGUACGUUCCCAAAAUGAAGAGUUCUUUAUAUGCGGGGUCAUUCUUGAAUAUAGACAAAAAGAAAGAAAAGAAAGAUAUGGAAAUCUACUAGCUGCACUGUCAAUUCGGUGCCAUGUGCAAGGUGAUGCUUGAUUAGCUGUGCUGGUGACAGUUACCACUCAAGCAACUUCACUGCUGCUCAGUGAAUUAAUGAUCACUGAAGCACUUCGUUGCAAUGCUGUCAUUGUGAAAUGGCAUGUUGCUCACCCACACAAAAGGACUCGGUGCAGUCAGGCACUAUUCGUACAACUAGUUGCCUGUGUAACAAAGGUCUUCAGCGUUGGAAUCUGGCUGUAAGCCAUUUACGCUACUAGCUCACGUCACGCUAAGAUGGCAUGAAUAACAAGUUGCAUUUAAGGAAACUUUUUAAGCUCACGACCUGCUGCAACAUGGUUCUAACUCUUCGAGCCACAAUUCUGACAUAGAUACUACUUCGUCAAUUUUAGUUAUGGCUUUGUUUGCACAUGCUAGCUGUCAUGUCAAGCUGUUAAUGGUGACACGAAGGCGAGAACAAGUAAAUAAGUUUAAGGAUUUCUAUACGUCCUUUUAAAUCUUUGAGAGCACUUUGAACUUCUCAUUCACACUGUGUGAACGAGCACUGCGCUUUUGCAGUGCAGUUGCAGUUUUAAUGCGUGGAUAAGAUGUUGGAGUCAAGACAGGAUGCAGUGGCACUGAAAGGCUUUCUUAUUGUUCUGCGAUUUGAAAAAGGCAGACACAUGUGUGCAGUGUUGUCUUUUUUUUUCCCCCACUAGCAAAACUUGAGCUGAACCAGCAUUUAAUGUUUGCUCGAACAUGUUGAAUAUUUCUGUGAAAUGUCAAACAACUUGUCAAAGAAUUUGAUUCCAAAUUUGCUUUCAGUAAUUUGCUAUCCACUGAAAGUGUAGUUUUGCCAUUAAACAAGGUUAAGAUCCUCUAUAUCUAGCGGGAAAUAUGCUUAAUUGACAACACUGUAUGUGUUUUGCGUUUUUAAUUGUAGCCAAUAACAGUACAGCAUCAAAAGACUUGUUUGGAGUCAAUAAGUGGCUCACAACUGUCCCAUAUUGAACCGCCCUCUUGGUGCAUGCCUAAAUAUUUAAUGUAUCUUCCUUUAAUGACUCUGCCAAUGUGCAUUGAGUCUGCAUAAGUGGCAACCUGGACUGGGCACAGUCUAAUGAACAGAUAUUAUAUAUUUUGUGGUUGACUUAUGUCGCCUGCCUACUCCUGCUGUCUAGUUGUUUCACAGUCGCAAGUGUAUAUGUCAGCUCACAGAAUGCUGGCGCACGUCACUGUUUGAUUGACGUUGGUGUCAAUGACUGCAUUUUUUUUUUCAGCUUGCAACCUCAAGCAAUCUGAUGCUGAAAUAAUUGACUUCAAGUGCACAUAAUUUUUAAGAAUUUGUUUUAGCAUGCAGUGUCCAACCUGUUUUUUGAAUAUAAUGCUUUGAAUAACUUUGAACGUAAGGACAUGACGAUGCUGGUACGAGCGAUUUCGUGAAAGGUUUCUAAGCACAAGCUCUGGUUGGUGGCAGUGAUGUCUGUUGUAUGUACGUAACUUUGCACCAUUCCACUUUUGUGUGCAGCAUCCUUCGGUUUCACUACUUUUGUUACUGUCUCAAUACCUUUUAUGUUUUGCUUAUUCUCGUAGGUGUGCGUCGUCCACCACAUUUUUGUUGUUGUCAUUUCCGUAUACUGCUGUCUUCGACUGUAGCAUGCAUCUCAUUUUGAAAUCCUUGCUUAGAGCACGCGAAAGUGGUAAGCGCACAUUUCACGUACAUAGUGUACCGCCUUGUUAAUUUAUUUGUGGCAUUCUUAGAAUGCGUAUCUUUCUCAAAAUUGUUUUGCGUUUAUGAUCGAAAUAAAGAACGCUUCUGAAACACU